AUGCAGACGUCUUUCCUAAGGCAGCAGAAAAACAGAUGGUUGUGUCUGUUCUGUAACAGUUUUUGGUGUCCCUGGUUCUUUGCUCUGCUUCCAGAAGGAGGUAUCACUCUGGCUGUUUUUACUACUUGCAUGUCAGUGGUCUUGGCCCUUAUAAUGAUAACCGCCAAUUCUUACCUGUACAGUAGGAUAUUAGGGUUAUCUGGUACAUUCCAUAUUCCCGUUUUGAUAAUUAUGUCACCAUUCCUCUUCAUACUUAUACCUAUAUCGGCUGGAAUAGUCAUCAAGCAUAGACUACCUGAAAAAACAAACAUAGAGAGAAUCAUUACACCUCUGAGCUUUCUUUUAAUGUCUGUGAGGAUUUAACUGAUGUUCAAUGGAAUUAGGUUUCUAAAAACAGUUAACUUAGAGAUACUUCUGUUAGGUAUUUUAGCUCCUGCUUUGUGUUUUCUGUUUGGGUACUCCUUUGCUAAAAUCUCUAGGCUGCCCCUUCCUGUGUGUAAAACUGUUUACACUAUGGAAAGUGGGAUGCUAAGUAGCUUCUUAGCUCUGGCCUUUAUUGAGCUCUCUCUUUCCCGGUCCAAGGCAGACUUAGCUUCUGUGGCUCCUUUUACAGUGGCCGUGUAUUCUGGAUGUGAAAUAUCACUGAUCCUCCUAUUCUACAAGGCUAAGAAAAGAUGUAUCUUUAUCAUAGAAUAUAAAAGAAAAAAAUUCCCCUCAUCUAACAAAGCAUGAGAAUUCCUACUCUGAAUGAAGUACUAUGGGAGAUUCAAAGCAUAUCUAAAAUAAUGUCUGCUCUCAACCCACUUAUGAUCUGAUUGCAAACUUGACACUAGGGGGGAAGUAUACAUUAUCAAAAUACGUACAUUAUUAUAUGAAAGUUAAGAUGGCAAUCACUUUAUAGCUGUGUUGGAAAUGUUUUAUAGAGUUGCAUUGGAAUGUAAUACUUCAUUGUGGUCUCGCAUGUAGGAAAGAGCAAUGUAAAACACACCUCCUGCAGUGAUUAUGAGGAAGGGGUGUUCACAUAAUAGGCAUCCUGUAAACUCUCACAAUAUUAGGUAAUUAGUUUGUCAGCCAGUAGGAAAACCAAAAUUCUUCUCUUUUCUAAUUUCAUCAAAUUCAGUAUAUCAAUACCAAGAUUUAUAAGAGAUGUUUUUCAGCAUGGUGGUGGCUGGUUUUUAUUCACUUUAUUAAAUGAUAAAUGUUUAUAUGGAGUCUUUUACUACUGAGUCCUUUACACAGAAAUGUCCACUUAGAUGCCAAAAAAUAUAAUUAAGCUUGCACAAAUUUAACUUACAUGUAUAACAGGAUGCAGCCAAGAGGGAGGCCCCAAAAACAGAUUUGGAAUGAGGUCCAGAACUUAAGGUGUCCAGGAAAUAUUAAGAUGUCCUCACCCCUUCCCCCCAACAGGUGUGAGAUGGAGAAGGGACAAAUGGAGCAGGGCCAUUGAGAGCUGUUUUAUACAGCAACAGCUUUGCAGCUAACCUCUGGCAUGGUUAUUUAACAUAUCUAUAACCUUUAACUGGUUGCAUAGAUAUGUUAAAUAGCUGUGGUGUGCUCUGAGCCAGGGGAAUGGAAAGGGAAUUCCCCCCCAAGAUGUAACUGGGGGCAGGUCCCAUGAGUCACAGCGCCUGCAUGGGAGUUGGAGAAGAUUGGCUUCAUGACAUGGGGCCACACCUGCCCAGACUCAUGAUCGCAGCCCAGUAAACUUGGAAUAAUACAGGAAUGCUGGCAAUGCUGAUUGUAGGAGUCAGAAAUGGGGGUAUAGAGGAAGACUGGCAUGGGAUUUAAACGCAGACACGGCAGCCACUGGGAGAAAGCCAUGUGCUUUUGGACAGAGUGGGGACCCCCACAGCUGGGGGUAGAGAGACUCACCAUGUGGCUUUAGCAAAGAACCACCGCUGGGCUUUGGCACAGUGGUGACCUCCCACUCUGCCACCCCCCCCACCCCCCCGCCAAGGCUUUUGAGGAGAGGAGAGGUGCAUGUGGUUUGGCCCAAGUGCAGACCCCUGCAGCACUGGUGGAGAAAAGAACCAUGCAGUUUUGGCCGGAGUGCGGACCCCUGCAGCUCUGGUGGAAGAGGACCACGUGGCUUUGGGGUGCUCCCUUUGGCUGCGUGGCCUGGGAAACAGGAGAGACUCUGCCUGGAAGAAGGGUGAAAUAACUCUUUGCCAGUGGACCAUGAGAGGGUGCCACGUGGCUUUGGAUUAAUUGGAGAUCCUGCCUGGAUGGCAACACAGCUGACCAUGCCAGCUGCCUGGAACACGGACGUGUGCUGCUUUUCCUGAGUUACGGUACCCCAAAUUAGGGCAGGGGGAGAAGGAAGUACUUGUGGGCAUCUGGGACUUUGAUAUUUUAAUGGAGACAUUGGGUCACUAUUUUAAGUCUGUAUAGCUUUAAAUAAACCUUUCUUUCCUUUUCACAAAUCUCUGGCAUUGAGAGACAUCUUUCCUCUGGCGGCGGACAAUGGAGCCCAGUAGAGGGUCCUUUCGGUAACAGUAUAUUGUGACCCACCUUGGCCUUGUAUAUAUGCUCUUUGUUUUGUAACAUACGCAUUUGCUUGAACAUAUUUUACUGAUUGGGUGAUGAAGGACCUGCGUUUCAUUAACUUUGUGACCUUGAACAAGACACUUCUCUGUACUUCAGUUUUACAUCUGUAAGAUGAAGAAAUUUAACUGAGGUUUAAGAUCUUGCUCAACUCUUAAGUCUGUGGCUGUGGUAUGAAAUUCUAGGACCUAGCAUCAUGGGCAGGGUGAUGGGGCAAAGGGAAGAAGGUUCAGACUGAUGAGGGUAGUAACCACACACAAGUGCUGUAGUUAGGGCAGCCACCAAAAUUUAAAAAAAAAAUUUUUUUUAAUUUUUUAAUCCUCAGCCAAGGACAUUUUAUCAUUGCUUUUAGAGAGAAAGGAAAAGAGAGAGAAAAGUGUGAUUGGUUGCCUCCCAUACGUGCCGGGACCAGGUAUCUUACAUGCCAGACUGGGGAUCCAACCCACAACUUAGGUAUGUGCCCUGACCAGGAAUCGAACCCACAACCUUCUGGUGUACAGGAUGAUCCUCCAAUCAACUGGGAAAGCUGUUGGCAUUACAGGGCAUGUCAGGGACUUAACCAGUAUCUGCAGCUCCAAUUUAUUUCACAUUAAAACAUGAAAAUCCUGUUAGAUAUUUGGGAGACUCCACCACCUGAGGACCUGCAUAUUACACGUGUAAAUUUUAUUUUUAGUCCAAGUCCAUUACGGGAAAUCUUGUGGUGUGAACUUGAUUUUUUUUUUCCAGUGAAAGGGAGUUGCCAUUUACAAGCAGUCACCUCUGGGGAGUAAGUAGGGUUAGCAAGAUACCCAAGAUUGCUGUGGAAGGAAUCACCUUGGUGACCACUCUUUAUUAUGCAAAUACAGGGCAGUUGGGUACUAUCCCCCAGAUGCAGAAGCAUGUCGAAAGCACUCCGUAGCCUGACAAAGACCAUCCCUCCCCUAAAGCCCCUUUCAAGAACAGUCAGGUGUCUAGGAGAUAUCAGGGGCUUUAGAUCUCCCUUCCCUUCCAUUCUGAGGUUUAGGAUAAUAAAAACCUCUCUCCAGGAUGAAAGUCAGCUGGUGAUAAGGGAUAUCAAAGGCUCCCUAAAGGGAACUCUGACCUGUCCCCCAUACCAGAGCGCAGGUUUUGUUUUCACCAGGCGGGGCUGAGGCUGGAACCUGGCCCCUCCAGAUCUCCCAGCCACCUAGGCCUGGUAGAUCUUUGUGAUUGGGAACAAUGACUGCUAAUGUAGCUUUUAAAAUUGCCCCUUUGAGAACCCAAGAGCAAUGCACCAGUGCUGAGGGCCCUGCAGCCAUCUGGACCACUCACAGACAAAAAUCAUUUGGAUUUGGUGGUACCUGUGUGCUAGGCAGCAGUCCCCAGCCUCUUUGGCACCAGGGACCAGUUUCAUGGAAGGCAGUCAGGUGAGCACCCUUUGCUGGUCACCUGUGGAAGAGGAGGGGUGGGGAGGAGGCAGGAGGCCAAAUUAAGGUGAGCUUUGCCAGCAGCCAUGUUCCUAAUGGGAUCUCUGCACUAGAGGACUCAACAUUUCAUGUUCAUAAGGGCGUUUUGGGGGCAGAAUGGCCUCUUUUGGAUUGGAAAAUCUCAGUUACUUGAGAACAAUGGGAGGUAGCAGCUGAGGACCCUAGAAAAAUGUUUGACCUGCUCAUUUGAGGUGGGAAUCUGUAAGUGUUCUUAAUUUGAGAGAAUAAGAUAGCUGAUCUUCUGUGAGUGGGACUGUCAGAGAAUGGCCUCAUGGGGGGUUGGGUGGACAAGACUGUUACAGAAUGGAUCCUCCAUUUCCUGGGAUCUCUCUUCAACAGGUUCACCUUGCCCAUCGCCCUUAGGAAUUGGAAUUAUGGCUCCCAUGCCAGAGUUUGGUGAAAAGGAAAGGAACUAUUUAUUCAAAAGUUAUACAGACUUAGAGUAAUGACUUAAUGUCUUCAUUAAAAUCCCAAACACCCAUAAACACACAGAGUCCUUCCUUCCCCUUUGCCCUGGCAGGCCAGCCUAGGGUAUCAUAUCUCAGGAAAAAUAGAAGAGCAUGGCUCGGCCAGCUAGUCUGCAGUCCCCAGCACUAUAAGCUGUGUUGCCACGACCUCCGGUUCUUAACCCAAAACCAUGUGGCACCUUCUCAUGGCCCACCAGCAUGUCUUUUUACCUCUUUCCUUCCUGCAUUGUCUCUCCUGCAUUCUUCCAAACUGCUGAGAGAGCACUGUGUGGCUCCUACAUCUCACUUUCCUGCUUUCUAAGACUAGUGGUUAAGGGAGCCACACAACCACAUGGUCCACACUGCGUGGCUGCCCACGCCGUGCCUGGGUUUUUAAAUCCCCUCUGCGAAUCUUCCUCUGCAUCCCCAUUUCUGACUCCGCCCACAAUUAGCCACACCUACCAGCAUUCUGUAUUUUUCCAGUUUUCCUGGGCUACCGUAGUUAGUCUGAGCAGGCGUGGUCCUGUGCCAUGGAGUGAAUCAUUUCCAAGCUCUCACACAGGCGCUGUAACCAGGGGGAGUUGCCUCCCAGUUACAUCAUGAGUCAAAGUCACUCCCAUCUCCCUACUCAAAGCAUGGCCACAGCUACUUAACAUAUCUAUGAAACUACCCAGCUGUUAUAAUUAUGUUGAAUAAAAUAUGUUUUUGGAUAUCAGGUGUGAAGCUGGCCAACUGUUGAAAUGCAAAAUAACUCUCAAUGGCCCUGCUCCAUGCAUCCCACCUCACAGUUCAGACUUGUGGGGGUAAGGAUAUCCUAUAGUUUAUAAUUCCUGGACACCCUGAGUUCUGGACCACAUUUCAAAUCCUUCAUUUGAGGUGGGGGGGGGGGCCUGGUUGCACCCUGUUACAGGACCAUGUUAAUUUAAGAAGAUGUAAAGAGGACUCUGAUGACAUUUCUAUAAAUGCCUGGAAAAUUUUAUUUGCCUAUGAAUCAACACAUCACAAUGUAGAGGCAGGAGUUUAUUUUAAGAUAAAUGACAACAGAGAACUUCAGCUAAUUUCUGAAGUUUUUUUCUUCUUUUUUCAUCAAAAACACAAAAGCAUUUUUUUUUUGCUAGAUAAAUAAAGGUAUCCUAUUCAGAUACUUAAGUCAUCAGUCUUUUUUAAUUUAAAGUAUUAUAAAAGUUUAUGUAAAAUAAGCCAUAAGCACAACACAAAAAUAAGACAAGUAGAACUAAGACAAUAUACAAAACAGUUCCAAUGAAUGAAAAAUAAUGAAAACCUUAUCAGCUUGAUCGAACUUAUUUGUCUUUUAGUUAUGUGCUGCUCUCUUUCCUAGACUUAACAUAGUGAUUUCCAUUACACUUGAUUAGGCUAUAAAAUAUUAAAUAUUAUUUUUAAAAAGACAGAUUCUCAUACUCAAUGAUUAACAAAUACUUGCAAAGUUAUCAUCAAAAGUUUUAUGUAUUUAAUAAAACUGUAAAUCCAGAAUACAAAAUCUACAUAAAUAAUAUAACCAAAGACCGCCAAAUUACCUAAAUGAGACUCAGUUUCUGAGAUGUUAUAAAGAGAAAAUUUAAAUUUUAUUUACAUACAAAAUUGGAUACACAAUUUGUCAACAUACUUUUAAAAACAAACCAAAACAACUACUAUUCCUGAAAACCUUUCCUACACUAUUAAAGUGACAGGGGACUCAAGAGUUGGGAAAGUUUAGUUUAAUGUAAACGAUUAUAAGCCUCGUAAGUAAUGCAUAUGUUAAAGCUAUUAUUUCAGAAACUACACAUAAGCUAU